AUGCAGAAUUUAUUUGGAGGAGGUAAUCAACCUGCUGGCUAAGGAACUGGCUUAUUUGGUGGUCUUUCAGCUGGAGGUGGUCAAAAGUAAUUAUUUGGCUAACCAACUGGGACAAACCCAUCAGGCUAAUAAACUCCCUCAUUAUUUGGAGGGGCUGGGGCAGGAUAGAAUUAGAAUCAGCCAGUUGGCGGUGGAUUAUUUGGGCAACCUCAAUAAAAUACACCCAAUCUAUUAGGUAUUGAAAUCAAUAAAUUAAACAUAAUUGUAGGUGCUAACCCUAGCGGUCAGGCUAGCUUAUUUGGAAAUCCAUAAGGACAGCAGCCAGGACAGUAAUCUUCUCUCUUUGGUGGAUAAGCACAAUAAACUACUACUAAUUUGCUGAGUACUCCAUAAAAAUCAGCUGGAGGAGGAUUAUUCGGAGCUCAGGCUGCUGCAGGUGGAGGAGGUUUAUUUGGAAACUAAUAGCAAUAGCCCGGCUAAGGAUUUAAUAAACCAGCUGUAGCUGGAUCACUUUUUGGAGGAGGAUAAGCAGCUGGAGGGGGAUUAUUUGGAGCUACCACUCAGCAAACUCAACAAAGUUCUCUAUUCGGCGGGUAGCCUUAGUAAUAGUAGAAUUAACCCUCAGGAUUAUUUGGUUAAACAACAACAUCUGGAUUAGGAUAAGGCUAGUAUAAUCUGCAAGGACUUACAUAGCAAUAACCUUAGGUAGAGAAAAAUUUGGGUGAACUAUAGCAAAUCCUCACUGCAUUUCAGCAAUCCCUUGACCCAAAAGAUGCUCAAAAUAGAUUUGUUGCACAUUUUUACGACAAGUAUAGUACAAACUUUAAUAAGUAACUCAAAGAAAUAAUGAAAAAUUCCAUUCCCUAUCAGAGCAGAUCUAUCUAAGAUGUUAAUGGAUAAGAAGUUGAAUGCCCUUCAAACAUUUAAAAGUGGUUGGUAUCUUUAGAAUAAAAUUAACAAAAGAAUGAUUUAUUUACCAGACAGAUCAGCUCUUACUCUGACUUAUAGAAAAGAGUCUAAGUCACUCAAGAUACAGUUCAAAGAUUAAAUCAAAGACUUAAAUCUGCCCAAGAUUCAAUAAAGAAAGUUUAAUAGACUUGUGAUGAUAGCUUGCAAAGUCAAAUUAUCUAAAGCAGAAUAAAAAACGAAGUAAUUAUGAAAAAGCUAAUCACUGUAUUUGGCAAGUUUGAAUGUUUAUUAUGCGAAGAUAGAGGAAGAGGCUAUAUGAGGGCCGAGAACGAAACAUUAAAUGAUGAAUACUCAGAGACAUUAAAGCAGAUUGAUGAUCCAUAACAUGGAAUUAUGAGGAAGAUAAGGAAACUUCAACAUUAAGUGUAUUAUGAUGACUAGAGAAACCAAGUUGACUCAAGAUUCCCUGGAGAGUACAAGCAUUAAAAUAACUUGGAAUUAGGGGAUGAGAUUAAUAAUGAAGAUCUAUAUGAUUUACUGAAUAUAAUGAAGAAGGAGAAAUAAGGUCUUUAGGUCAUUUAAGAAUCUAUAUUGAGCAAUGCCCGCUAACUAUCUAUAAUGGAAAAGGAAUUAAAUAACUCUUGA